CAGAUGUGUUGGUUUGGAUCGGGGUGAGGCAAGGGAGCAAAAGCGACGAGUAGGACUAAUCAGAUUCAGAGUGUAUAGUGAUUCUGAUUCCUUCGUUUUCCAUUGUUAGCGAGUGCGUGUUAGCGAGAGCGAGAGAGAGAGAGAGAGAAAAUGGUUCGUGAAGUUUCAGAGAGUUGCGUUGAUAGCUUAUUGACGGAGAUGGUGGCGUGUUACUGCAAUCGAUUCUACGCCAACAAGCCUGAACUCGCUGCACGCAGGAUCGAGGCCAUUGGAUAUCAGGUCGGUCACCAGCUUUCUGAAAGGUAUACCAUGGAGCGGCCUCGGUUCACGGAUCAUCUGGAAGCAAUCAAGUUCAUCUGCAAGGAUUUUUGGUCUGAGCUAUUUAAGAAGCAGAUAGAUAACUUGAAGACGAACCAUAGGGGUACAUUUGUAUUGCAAGAUAAUAAAUUUCGCUGGCUUGCACGCAUGUCAGUUGAUCCAUCCACUGAUAAUGCUGGUUCGGUUGAGGAUAACAAUUCACCUACAGCUGAAAACAAGGCGGCACAUGCAAUGAGCAUGCAUCUUUAUUUCCCAUGCGGGAUCAUUAGAGGAGCUCUUUCCAACUUGGGAAUUCCUUGUGCAGUUUCUGCGGAUAUAUCAAACCUUCCUGCAUGUUCGUUUGUGGUCCGUAUAAAAGCAUGAUGAGUUCAUAGUUGUAUUACUGGUGAGAGGGGAAGCAUUAACACUGUUCAGACGUUGCUUUGAUGUCUGCAAGCGCUUCUAUCAUGAAAUGAUCGACUGGGUAAUGUUUCUUUACAGAAUUGAACAAUAUCAAAUGUUAUCGACUUGGUUGCGUAGGAAGGGCUACUGAGAUAGAUUUGGUUCUUUCACAUGCAAAUUCUAUAGAGUAUGAUAGUAUCGAAUUAUUGUGCUGUGUGGAAAGACAUGGAGAAUUUCACCAUUGUAACGUUGUUACUCUUGUAUGGAAUGGUUAACCUCAUAAUUUUAAAAUUUGUAUC